AUGGUGAUUGUACGGAGUUCUUGCUCUUCUAAGCUUCUUGCCCUUGCAGGUGGCUCUGAUCAUCGCUCCGAUCAUGAUCUCACUGUGGAACCGGGCCCCGAGCUCUGUAGCAGGAAUGCUUCCCAGCUUAUGACGAGUGAUGACGAGGAUCUUGCAGACGAUGAUGUGCUGGAUUAUCGGGUAUAA